AUAAACCUCCUCAAAAGCCGUUCAGCCUAAAAUACUCUUGAUCCAUCUUAAGAUCCCCCAAAUACUCCCUCCCCAAUAUGCUCUUCCCUCUACCACCUCACUCAAAAUGACCACCUCAACCCCGCCCCCCCUCCCCAUGCUCAUCUUCACAAAAACAACCUCCUACCGCCACACCUCCAUCCCCUCUGGCAUCACCCUCUUCCAGCGCCUCACAACCCACCACCCACACAUCUCCCUAACCACAACCGAAGACUCCAGCUUCUUCACUCCCGAAACCCUCUCCCACUACCGCGCCAUCGUCCUACUGCAAACCCUCGGUCCAGCCCUGCUUUCCGCCGAUCAACUCUCCGCAUUCAGAGACUGGGUGCAGCGCGGUGGCGGCGUGGUAGCUAUCCACGGUGCAGCGGCGGGGAUGCCAGAGGAUGCGUGGUGGGAGAAGCUUAUCGGAGCGAAGUUUCAUUCGCAUCCAGAUCCAGAAAUCGGGUCGCUAGUCGUGGAUUCCGACAAGGCGGACAAGCAUUUUGUACUGAGUGGGUGUGGGGGCAGGCAAAGGUGGAAGGACGAGUGGUAUAAUUUCCACGAGCAUCCGAGGGAGAAUGGGGGGUUGGAGGUUUUGCUGAGGGGGGAUACGAAGACGUUUGGUGGAGGGAUGCACGGGGAGGAUCAUCCGUUGGUGUGGUGUCAGGAGUUUAAAGGGGGGAGGGUGUUUUUUACGGCGUUGGGGCAUUUUGAUGAGGCGUACGAGGAUGAGUGGUUUAGUGGGAUGGUGGAGAGGGGGCUGUUUUGGGUUGCGAGGCGGGAAGGGGAUUUGAAGAAGUAAGGGCAUUGAGGGAAGCAUGCAAUGAGGAUUUAUUGUUUGCUUUCAUAGGACCAUACCGGUCGAAUUUUACACCCAGAUUCAAAAGACGCAUACAUACGCUUUCAAGAA